CUCGCCGCUCUCGGUCUCUUGCACGACGUACGCCCCAAAGCGACCGUCGCCGAUAUUUCGACUCGUCUAGUGAACGAAAGUAACUAAAACCAAAUCAAGAUGUGUGAUGAUGAUGUUGCGGCACUAGUCGUGGACAAUGGGUCCGGUAUGUGCAAGGCGGGAUUCGCUGGAGAUGAUGCACCCCGUGCUGUCUUCCCCAGCAUUGUUGGCCGCCCGCGUCAUCAGGGUGUGAUGGUCGGUAUGGGUCAAAAGGACAGCUACGUAGGAGACGAGGCCCAAAGUAAAAGAGGUAUACUUACCCUAAAGUAUCCUAUAGAACACGGUAUCAUUACCAAUUGGGAUGACAUGGAGAAGAUCUGGCAUCAUACUUUCUACAACGAAUUGCGUGUUGCACCUGAGGAACAUCCAGUCCUACUCACCGAGGCCCCCCUGAACCCAAAGGCUAACCGUGAAAAGAUGACCCAAAUCAUGUUCGAAACCUUCAACAGCCCGGCCAUGUACGUCGCCAUCCAGGCCGUCCUGUCCCUGUACGCCUCCGGUCGUACUACCGGUAUCGUUUUGGACUCCGGUGAUGGUGUCUCCCAUACCGUCCCCAUCUACGAAGGUUACGCCCUUCCCCAUGCCAUCCUCCGUUUGGACUUGGCCGGUCGCGACUUGACCGACUACCUCAUGAAGAUCCUGACCGAGAGAGGCUACAGCUUCACCACCACGGCUGAGCGUGAAAUUGUCCGUGACAUCAAGGAGAAACUUUGCUAUGUCGCCCUGGACUUCGAACAGGAAAUGGCCACCGCCGCCGCCAGCACCUCCCUCGAGAAGAGCUACGAGUUGCCCGAUGGACAGGUCAUCACCAUCGGUAACGAGAGGUUCCGUUGCCCUGAGGCCCUCUUCCAGCCGUCCUUCUUGGGUAUGGAAUCUUGCGGUAUCCACGAGACCGUGUACAAUUCCAUCAUGAAGUGCGACGUCGACAUCCGUAAGGAUCUGUACGCCAACACUGUACUUUCUGGUGGUACCACCAUGUACCCCGGUAUAGCCGAUCGUAUGCAAAAGGAAAUCACUGCCCUCGCCCCAUCGACCAUCAAGAUCAAGAUCAUCGCUCCCCCCGAGAGGAAGUACUCCGUAUGGAUCGGUGGAUCUAUCCUGGCUUCGCUGUCCACCUUCCAACAGAUGUGGAUCUCCAAGCAGGAAUACGACGAAUCCGGUCCCGGUAUCGUACACCGCAAGUGCUUCUAAGGUGUUACACCGAGCUCGGGGGAUUUACGAUUAUUCACCUGCUUUCUUUUCUUUUUUUUUUCUAUUGGUGCUCGUUGUUUUUGCGAGCCACGGUCUCUGGUAAUAUUGACGUACCGAUGUUAGAGGGAAGAAAGAGAGAAGAAAGUAGCAUCGGGGGUAUGAGGAUUGGGAAAUAAAAAUUACUGAAGUGCCUUUAUUCUACACAUUUAUCAGACUGUACUUUACUUUGUAGUUUAUACAACACGACUGUUUGUUAUUAACGUUAAUUAAUUUAUUGAUAAUCUCCUCGGUCUAUGCAACGAGCCCCAUCUCGGUCCUGAAAACAUGUAUACGCAGACUUACAUGCAUACAUACACACAUAUACACGCAAAGGCUUUCUUGGAAUCGUAUGCGCACGUAAUUCGGCAUUUUGCGAUACGCACGCGGUGGUAAUCGACGAGAGUGUAAAGUAUACGACGAAAAAACCGUAACCAGGCGCAUCAACGUCGGCUCAUAUUGCUGCCUGGCGUAUUGUUCUUCUUAUUAUAUCAUAUAAUUAAUGAUAAUAAAACUGUAUUAUAUAA